CUUGAUUAAAACAGUUACCAGACGUUAAAAUGUUCGUGAACCUAUGGGUUUUGAAUUCUAAGCAUGCCGCAUUUGACUGCCUCUGUCAGUGGAUUUUUGCAUGAGCGAAAUUAAGGAAACCCUCGCCAUGUCGCGCAACGCGAGGUCUGUUAACGAUUAACAGCGCUAUCAGAUAGCAGUGUACUCUUUUGAAUCCGAAUCUAUCUUCCCAGCCAAAACGGAGUAAAACCUGCUUUUCCUGCUCAUGCAGUGGAUAAUAUGCAGAUGCAGCCUUCUACGAGUAUUUUCUAAUACGUUUGACCUUUCGGCACAAAGAUUCGGUGGUGGCCGAAAUAAACAUACAGUUUGUAAUAUUGGUGAACUGGGAAAUUAUACAGUAGAGUUAGGUAGCCGUCCAGUAUUCAGCUGUCGCCGUUUUGAUAAAUACUACCUGGCCCCAAUAAACAGUCCCGUGGAACCGAUGGAAACUGGAAGCAACACGUCACAUAACGAAGAAUGCGCUAAUGCUUUGCAUCCUACCGGCACUGGCUCCUUCAAAGCCGGCGAUGAAAUUCUGUCCUGUGAACCAUGGAUAUGGUGCCUGGACUGGCGCUACUAUCCAGAAGCCUGUGCAUACUGUCUGGCAGAACCUGGCGUGCUGCAAAUGUGUUCCAAGUGUAGGGUUCACCGGUACUGCAGUAAAGAGUGUCAGGGUGCUGACUGGAGAAGCGAACAUAAGAAUGAAUGCAAAACUCUCAAACAUAUCGCCGCUGAUAUUGCUGCUAACAAGGCCGGGGAUCUGGAAGCAGAUUCUAUAAGGUCUGCUGAAAAUGGAAAAAUUCCAGGGAGCAUCAGUUUCAUACUGACACAAAAGAUUGCCAGAAAGGCUCGGUUAAAUGCAAAGGAAGAAAUCGCCGGCCAUGGAAAAUUAUCUGUCUCGGAAAUUCUAGAUCUUUUUCCAAGAACUAACCGGCACGACUAUUGUGUCACUAUUACCUACUGUAACGCUAUCCCAAUUUACAAUCCCGGACAGAAAACGCGGGUUAUCGGGAUGGGCUUGUUUCCGCAAGUGCCACACUGGACGAUGACGCCGGUCUGCUUGGAUAGCAAUAUCACCAUGGAUUUUCAGAAGCGCCGCUUGUUUAUCCACGCUAUGGAGGAUAUUCCCGUUUAUCGCGGGAUGCAGGAUCUUCGUUAUGCCGAAUUCCCGUGUGAUUUGUUCUCCAGAACUCGGCUGGAGCGGCGAGAAAUGUUCGAAAAAACCCACCGACGGCCUUGUAUCUGCCGCAAAUGCACUAAGGAAUAUGCCGCGGAAAUCGAUCCACUGAAGUGUGUAACACCCGGCUGUAUGGAGCGUCUUCCUAGCGAUGAGCGCAGUCUGGCAGCUUGUCCACAAUGCGGCGCACUGAAUGAUGAUCGUCUAAAAAGAUUUCAAGAAUUUUCUGCCCGAUACGAAGCCUUACAAAAAAUGUGCUAUGAAGAGCGUAAACCUGCAAAAGAAGACCUGCGCAGAGACCUCGACGACGCCGAUAUCCUUCAUCGCGAUGCACAUUUCCGCUAUGUACUCUUCUGGACGCAAGAUCAUAAACUCCACCAGACGGAUCACGAACAGGCCUGGAAGAUCUUCGAGCCGCUCAUCCCUUUCGUGCGCGCCAUGUAUCCCAAAUACAUCAUUCACCGCGCACAGAACUUACUGUGGGCGGCGAUUUGCGUUACGCUGAUUGGACGGCAGGCGGUAGUUAUUGGACGACGGGGAGCAGCCGGCACAAACCGGUCGUUACGUCGUACUUUUAGCGAGUCCCACGAGAUGGCCUCGGGUAUGGUACAGGAAGCAGUGGAUAUCUUCCUGAAAUUAUGCGGAGCGGACUCGCCGAAGACCAAAGAGGCGAAGGGUGUCGCUUCUGAAAUAACCCUUAUAAAACAGCUUCUCAAAAUUUAAGCAGGGUAAAAAAUUUAAUUACGAUUGACGCAACAAAAAAGCAGCGCGAAAUUCUGGGAAAUACUUCGUGUCGAUAAUAAAAAAAAUAGAUGAGGAACAAAAGUGUACCCGUAUUUUACUUAGGAAUGAUAAGUUUUCUCUGAUAAAUAUGAGCUAAGUCUUCAUUCGACCAACGGCUUUGCACUUCACAUUACAGUACAGUUACUCUGUAUAAUGAUCUUUUAAGUUAUACUGCUGUCGCCCUUUGAAAAUACUGACUUUCGUAGCUAGCUUGUCGCAAGCCUCAAUGUCAGCUGAUAAGUUAAUUUGUUUUCGCUCAAAUGGUCGUUUAACACAUGUUCGGUGCUUUUCCGGAUACUACUGUACUAAUGUGUUAAAAUACAGUAAUAGCACCGGUAUUGUUUGGAACUUUGCACGUUGGCACGCGCUAACACAUUGUUACAACCGU